AUGCUCUCAGACCUGGAAGGGAAGGAGCCGAGGCCACUGGCGGGAGGAGACCGGGACAGCGUCCUUAGCCCUCCCGCCCAGCUCCAGGGCCGGGCAGCCCUCACCGCCCCUACCUUCGGCUUCCAGCACGGCAGCCGAGGGGCAGACACAAACCCCACAAUUCCAGGCGGCCGCAGCGGCAACCAGCUCCCCGUGCGCAAAUGCGGCAGCGACCGUCUGAACCCACAUGCUAAGCCUGACCAGCGAAAUGGAGUACCCUGCUACCUUCACAGCCCAGACACAGUGAUUACCCCGCCCCGACGUCCCGCCCUGCAGCCGCUCCGGGGCGGGGCUCCCUUCAGCCCUCUGCUGCCCUUUCCCCUGCGGCCUCUACCCGGAGUAGCACCCGCGGCGGAGCUCCGGACACUUGCGGACACAACAUCUUUGAAUGUGGUGCUGAGGAUCGAACCUGGGCUGCACGCAUGCCAGGUGAGCGCGCUGCCGCUUGAGCCACAUCCCCAGCCCAAUCCUAGAUCUCUUCCUGAAAGAGUGGCCAGCUAUGGACUUAAGGCAGAUAUGACCCCUGGGGUGCAUGGUCACCAGACACUGGAUCUUGCAAGACUUGCCAUUAGAGCCUCACUUUUGUACCUCCUGUCUCUGAGUCCAUUCUUUGGCAUUGGGCGGCAGAUACUUUAACCUGAAUGAGAAUGAGAAACCUGUCUUCAUCAGGACCUCAGACAUCUAACAGCUUUGUGCACACCAAGACAAGUAAUGUAUAUAGUCCUUCUUGUUAUAUAUUUCAGCUCAGAUGGGUGGAAGAGCUUAAAAUUAUGGAGGGAAUUGGGGUUGUGGCUCAGUGGUAGAGUACUUGCCUACUAUGUGUGAGGCACUGGGUAGAGACAAAUGCUUAAAAUCCAACUGUCAUUUUUUUAGAGCUGUGCUGUACAAUACAUAUGGCUAGUUAAGUUGUAAAAAUGAAAUAAACCAGUUUUUCAAUCUCAGUAUCUGUUUGACUAGUGACUACCAUAUUGGACAGCUAGGACAUUUCACCAGUACAAAAAGUUUAUUGUAUACUCUUAGAGCAGAGAUCUGCAAACAUCCUGAAAUGGGCCAGAUCAUAAAUAUUUUAGGCUUGUGCAGCCAUGUGGUCUUUGUAACUAUGCAAUUGUAGUGUGAAAGCAACCUUAGUAUGUCAACAAAAAAACAUGGCUAUGUUUCAGCAAAUUUUAUUUAUGAGCACUGGACUUGGAAUUUCAUAAAAAUCGAGUGUCACAUUUUUUCCAUUCUUAUUUUUGGGGGCCAUUCAAAAACAGGUUACACCGGGUGUGGUGGCUUGGGGGGCCUUAACAGGGCUGGGGAUGUGGCUCAAUGGCCCCUGGGUUCACUCCCUGGAACACCCCCACCCACCCUUAAAAAAAUAAUUUUAAAAAUUAGGUUGUAGCCUAGACAUGCACAGUUUCAGCUACUCAGGAUACUGAGGCAAGAGGAUUGCAAAUUCAAGAUCAGUCUGGGCAACUUGGUAAGACUGCCUCAAAAAAAUAAAAAGGGCUGAGGAUAUAGCUCAAGUGAUAAAGUAUCCUGGGUUUAAUUCCUAGUACCACAGACAACAAAACCCUGUAGGCCGGGCUGGGGAUGUGGCUCAAGCGGUAGCGCAUUCGCCUGCCAUGCAUGUGGCCCGGGCUCCAUCCUGAGCACCACAUACAAACAAAGAUGUGUCCACCAAAAACUAAAAUAAAUAAAUAAAUAAAUCUUAAAAUUAAAAAAAAACAACCACACUGUAGGCCGAAAGCUAGAAUUGGCCUGUGGGAUAUGGUUUGGUGACCCUGUUCUGUAGAUUAUUUGGGCCUUGAAUCAAAUAGCUCAUUAGUUCAGCGUUACCAGUGUGUCCCACUUAAAAUUCCGUGUUAACAGUACUUUUUUCCCUAUAUCCAUACACUCUUUUUUCAUCUCUUAGAGGUAACUGAAGUAAAUUAGUUCUUGUUUCUUUUGAUGGGAAUUGUUUGCUGGGCAUACUUUUAUCAUAGUGGUUCUCUCCGUUUUUAAUGCACAUCUUGGGGAGAUCUUAAGAAAGAAAAUAGCCAGCAGAGCCUUUGAUCAUGAACUUUGUCCUAGGUAGUGAAACAGAAAAAGAAAAUUUUAUGUCAUUGGUAGCUCCAUGGGAUUUGGGUGGUUUUUGUUGUUGAUGGGGGUGGGGAUCCUGGGGAUUGAACCUAGGGCUGUGCUCUGCCCCUGAGCUAUUAGUCCUCUGUAGGCCUUUAAAUCUGGGGUCUCAAUUCCUGACCACAGAUAGGGCUACCCUUGUACAGAGAAGAGGAGAGGUUCCUAAGUCACCACUUAAAAAGGGAUAAUUUGGUGUUUGUGGACCUAUAAUAAUAUCCCAAGAGGUUUCAAUGACAUAAAAUCAUGCACAGAUUUCCUAAUUGAUAACAGUUGUUUCUCUUUUUUUUCCAGCAAAUUUAUGUCCUGUUGUCUUAAGAAGAUGAAGUAAAAUAUUUGAAUAGUU